AUGGUGCCCCGCCGGUUCAGUCGCCGCCUGAUUGCAGUCGCUACCGCCAUUGCGCUCCUCUUCCUCUACCAGUUGGGCGUCCUCUCCAGUCACAAUCGCCAAUGGCGCCCUCACUUCACAACAACGACAGAAGUGCCCCCUUCCCUCGACGAGAAAGGUGAACCAGUGCCAUUCUGUCCACCCUUGCCAGGUAUCGAAAAUGUGCUCGUGGUAAUGAAGACCGGAGUGACGGAAUCGCGCGAGAAAGUUCCCGUCCACUUUAAAACAACCCUGCGAUGCAUCCCCCACUUUGUGAUCUACUCCGACUUCGCAGAGGAAAUCGAAGGCGUUCAAAUCCAUGAUGUCCUCAAAAACAUGGACAGCGCUGCAAAGCAAAACCCGGACUUCGACUUCUACCACCGCAUCGUGAAAUACGGCCGGAAGGGUCUAGAACGACAGGAUUUCUCCGAUGAAGCGAAUUCCGCCAUCGGAAAACCCGGCAACCCGGGCUGGAAGCUCGACAAAUGGAAGUUCCUUCCAAUGGCGCAGGAAGCGCUACGCUACAAGCCAGACGCGAAGUGGUUCAUCUUUGUUGAAGCAGACACGUACAUCUCAUGGCCAACGGCCCUGACCUGGCUGGCCCAGUUCGACCACACUAAACCACACUAUCUCGGCACGGAGACGCAGAUCGCAGACGUUAUCUUCGCCCACGGUGGCUCGGGCUUCAUGCUCUCCAACCCCGCCCUACAACGCGCCUCCGACGAGUACACUACCCGCGAAGUCGAGCUGAACAACUUUACAGACGAGCACUGGGCCGGUGACUGCGUACUGGGCAGGGUCCUGAGCCACAUAGGUGUCAAUCUUCACUUCACAUGGCCUAUUCUUCAAAACUCCAACAUCGGCGAGUUGGACGAGUUCACCACGGACUUCUACCGGAAACCAUGGUGUUUCAUCGCCGUAGGCCUCCACCACCUGUCACCAAGUGAAAUCGAGAAUCUAUGGAAAUUUGAACAAAAGCGCUGGCGUGAUAAAAACAAGCGAAUCCUCAUACACGGCGACAUCUUCCGCGAAUACAUCUUCCCAGAAUUAAACAGUCAACCCACACGCGCGAACUGGAACAACAUGGCAACCGAAGAGCAGCCCUUCGCACAGACAGUCGAAGACUGUCGCUUACUCUGCGAGACGCACAAAUCUUGCGUCCAAUACGCUUUCCGUGAAGAUAAAUGCUUCACGAGUCCUAACCCGCGUCUCGGACAUGCGGUUUCAAGUGGCGACGUGACAUCCGGCUGGAUUACUAGUCGGAUUCGGGGAAUGGUGGAGAAGAGUGGGUUGUGCCCGAAGCCUGAUUUUGGGGAUUGA